CUGAUUUAGGAAGUUAAAAAAAAACCAAUAAUGUGAUGUAAAUUAAUCGAUAUGUAUUAAUCAUGUUGAUUGUACGAUAUUUUUAGCUAAUUUGGUCAUCGACUGCUCAAAUGGAAGAUCAAGAUGCUUUUAAUUUUGACACAUGUAGCCAUGACGAGGCUGAAGAUCAGUAUAUCGACCACACAGGAUGGGCGUGCAAAUCAUGUACAUUUGUGAACCAGUGUGAUAGCGGAUACUGUCAGGCCUGUUACGGAGGCAGAAUGCAAAAUAACCAUGAUGAAAAUAUGGAUGCUGAACUUUCUUAUGAUGAUGAAGUUCUCGUUUGGAAAUGUGAUGAAUGUCAAUAUACAAAUUAUGUUGCCGACAAGUACUGUGAUAUAUGCAGUGAAUUACGCCUCGAUGACAUACCAAUCACUACAUCUUCGCAGUUAACACGGCGUGGCAAGUCAACCAAAACAGAUUGCAAAUGGACCGAGAAAAAUUCCCCGUUUGCAAACAUGAAGGAAGAUGCUGAAAGACGAAUCUUGCUUAUUGGUAAAACUGGAUCCGAUAAAAGAGGGACGAUAGAUACCAGAGGGACAGUCAAACUCAUAGAUCGAAAACAAACUGACAACGCCAUGGCCAAAAAUAAAAAGACAAACAGACAAAUAAUAGUACAAGUGCAAAAGUAAAAGUGCAACUGGUAAUAAUAUUCUUAAUAAGAAUACAUUCCAUUCUGCUGUUUCUGGUAUGUCAGUCACUGACAAAUGCCAGGUAUCACAAUCGGCAUGAUUUGGGAGAAUGAUAACAGUCAUAGAUUCUCCAUGACUUUUUGAUACUCGAUUUACUAAUGAAAAUAUCUCAAAUGAAUUAGUAAAAUGUACAGAAAUGAUUUCACCCGGACCACAUGCUGUUAUUCUUGUAACAAGGAUAGGUAGAUUCACUAAGGAAGAACAAGAUACUGUUCAAUAUUUUGUCGAUCAUUUUGGGGAGGGUGUAUUUAGAUAUAUGAUUAUUCUUUUUACAAGAAAGGAUGAUCUUGAUAAAGAUAAUGUCACCCUUGAACAGUUCAUAGUUGAUUCAACUCCUGAGCUCAAAUCAUUACUGCAUAAAUGUAAUAACCGCUAUAUUGCCUUCAAUAACAAUUCAGACAAUGCAUCGAAAGAAAAACAAUGCGGAGAGUUAAUUCUCUUGAUUAAUGAAAUGCUACUGGAAAAUGACGGACAUUUCUUUACGAACGAAAUGCUGAUGGAAGCAGAAAGUAAUUUACGAAUAAGGCUAAUGCAAAUAGCUGAAGUUGAAGAAGAAAGGCAAAAUGAGGAAAUAAAUAAAAUAAAGCGCAAAGAAAGGAGGAAAAUAAGAAAGGAAUUAGAUAGUAAAAUAGUAGAAACAGAUGAACUUUACUGUUUAAAACUGACUGAGGAUAAGAAGUUCGAAAGAAGGAAUUUAGAAGUAGAAAAGAAUGUCUUGAGAAUGAACUGAAAGAAGCUAAACAUAAAUUGAACAAUUAAUUUUCAUUUGUUAUCAGUUUACUACAAUAGUGUCAUUUCUUUAGAACAGAAUAUGUUGCUUUGUUUAUUGUUCGUGUACAAACAUUGACAAAAGAUACAUUAUACGAGAAAUUGUUUUUGAAAGAAAAUGACUGCAUUUAAUAGAAUGUGAUUUAACACAAAAUCUUGCUAAAUCAUACACAUAUGUGAAGUAGCUUUGCCUUUUUGAUGACAACACAACAACGGUGUGUUAACAUGUUCUGCUUACUGUUAUUAAUAUAAUUUACCUUA